CAUUACAGUCGACAACAUGAAGCUCCAAGUAAUUAUUGCUUUAGUCCUAGGUAUAUUUACGAUUGUUAUGGCUUAUCCAAAUCCAGAGGCUCUUUCUGUUAAUGGUGGCGGCGGUGGCCCUUGGUCAGGUGGUCGUGGUCCUUGGUCAGGAGGUGGCGGUGGAGGCGGAGGAGGUUGGGGAGGCGGUGGCGGCGGUGGUGGAAAGUAAUUAUUUACUUCACCAAUUUUGAGAUGCAAUAGUUUAUAAGGGGUCUGUAAAUAUAGUUGUACUUUAAAUAAAAAUAAAACAAUUCAUAAAAA